UCCCCUCCCCACCCCCUCACCCUUCUUCUUGCCGGCGGCGCUCUUCCCCGAAUUCCACCCCUUCUUCUCUACGGCUGUCCUCGCAUGUUUCGGAGUACUGAAUCGACUCCGAUUCCAGAUCGGUUUCGGGGCGGUGACCCACACAUUUUUCUCCGUCUCAGUUCAAGAGUCGGAGAGGUUCAGUGUCGAUGCCGACGGCUCUAUUUAAUCGCAACCGCGGCGGUGAGUCGGCAACAUCUACUCGCUACUCGAUUCGUCGCGCGGGUGGAGGUAGCUCACUCAUGGCCAGGGCCAGGACCGCGAUGGGUCGAUGCCUUCGCCGCCGCCGGCCGCGGGCGUCCCGCCGCGACGACCGGAUCAGCGCCCUCCCCGACGACCUCCUCCUUUCGGUCCUGCGCCGCCUCGACAUCCGGACGGCGCUCGGCACCGCGGCCCUCUCCAGGCGCUGGGCCCGCCUCAACCGCGAGCUCCCAGUCCUCAGCUUCAGCGUGGAGAGCAUGCUCCCGCCGCGCUACCACCGAUGGGUCCAGCUCUGCCGCAACAUUGGGGGAGCUAUUUUUUUCCAGUACAAAAGGCACGCCAUGACACGGGAGCUCAUGCCCAACAUCACAAGGUACGAGCACCGGGCCAUGCGCGCCCUGACCAGGUCCGUCGAGAGCUUCUUGGGCACCGUCGCUCGCCGGAGGAGGGUCACCAGGCUCAGGGUGGACUUCUUCGUCACCCACAACACCGGCUGCCUGAAUCAGCUCAUCGCGGAGGCCAUCGACGCUUGGGGGGUGGACGACCUCGAAGCUGUUGCCAAGCCAAUCUACAAUCAACCAGGAGCAGUCCACAGCUUUGGCGGCCAUGGCGGCCUGUGCAAGGAGCCCAGCGCGGCACGCCUGCAAAGCCUCAAGCUUGGAGGCUGCGUGCUCCCGCCGCUGCACGAGUACGGCGCGCUCACCGCGCUCGUCCUGCAGGACAUACCGGAUUCGACGCCCGAGGCGACCUACGAGGGCGUCUUCACCUCGUGCCUGCAACUGCAGGUGCUGCACCUCAUCUCCUGCAGGUGCAGCGGGGGCAGGGGCGUGGUCGUGGACGCCCCCAUGUCGAAGAUCAGGGAGCUCGUCGUGGAAAAAUGCAGGUUCAGACGGAUACGCCUGAGGGCUCUUCCUAGCCUCGAGAGCCUUGCCUCCGAGGGGAUCAUAGUGCAUUUGGAGGAGUCCACCUCGUUUCCCUGUCUCAGGAAAUAUAACCUCACCUUGUGCCUCGGGAUGACACUGCAAAGGUUUCGCCAAGCUCUAUCGCAGCACCUUAAGAUAGAGCCUGAAACGUUUCUUCGACGCAUGCCGGGCAUAACCAGCCUGAUUCUCAGGCUCACUGGGCCUGACAGAUGGAUCGUGCCGUCGAGCUCCCCAUCGCCGCCGUUGUUACCGAACCUGAGGAGGCUGCUGGUCGCCGAUGUGCCUUCAUCCUGGGAUGUCUCGUGGCCCCGUCUCCUCCUCGAGACGGUGCCGUCCCCGGAGACCCUCCACAUCCACAUCGCAGCUUGCGUAGAAGAGGAGCCCGGUGAUGAGAUACCCUGGCGACACACCAUGGUUCGGCACCAUCAUCACUUGGAGGAGUUUGUGAUGGUUGGUUAUGAGGGAACAAAGAGGCAAACCUACUUUGUCAAGUUUCUCAUGGGAGUAUGCACGGUGUUGCGCAAUGUCACAAUGUUCAGGAACGGGCAUGCUCGGAACAAGGGGCACUGGGACUGGGAGUUGGUGACACAUCAACAUUUGUGGACCGACGAGGAGAAGGACGACACACUGAAGCACAUCAUGGAUGGGGUUUCUCCCUCAGCUGCCCAAGUUCGACUAGUUUUAGGCUGAGUUUUCUCAUGUUUGUAAUCUAUAUUCGAUUUUAUGGAAUUUAUAAUCUCUUAUUAGUUAUUACACUCAAAUAUUGUGUUUGUUGGUUGUGGUUUUUUCCAGUGCUAAGUACUGUCAUCCUAUUCAUAUGCAUUAUACAUUCACAAGCUCUGUACUUCUGCUUCGCAGCUUGUCUCUUGUGUGCCUUUCAUGUUUGGCUUGACUCAUUCUUUUGCUCAGUUGUAAAAUAGAUAUUUGUUUGCAUAACAGACUUGGUGCAUAAGUAUAACAUGUGGCAUAUGUAUUCUCUCUAUUAUAAUAGCUGGUCAUACAAC